GUGUGUGUUUGUUUGAGGGGAAGGGAGGAGAGGUCAUGAGGUCACAGAUUGAACACAGCACAGGAAGUGCUCUCUCUCUCUCACACACACACAUGCACACUCAGCAACGGACCCGUGUGGCUUGCUGUAGAGAUGAGCAGAGUCCUGAGCGUUCAGACAUGAGCGGUCCUCCAGCAGUCCAUCAGAAGGUGCGAGCGCUCCGGGGACACAUGAUCUCCUGCAGAAACCAGCGCUACCGCCGCGUUAUAGGCACAGAGUGCUGUGAGUGCGGCGCGUCUCUCUCACACUGGUACUAUGAGAAGGACGGCCGUCUCUUCUGUAAGAAGGACUACUGGGCUAAAUUUGGGGAGUUGUGUCAUGGUUGCUCAGAGCCCAUCACCACUGGACUCAUCAUGGUCGCCGGAGAACAGAAGUAUCACCCAGAAUGCUUCACCUGUCUGAGCUGCCGGGCGUUCAUCGGUGAUGGAGACACGUAUGCUCUGGUGGAGCGAUCCAAACUCUACUGUGGACACUGUUAUCACCAGACCAUCCUGACCCCGGUCACCCUGCCCGACUCGCCCUGCUCCAGGAUUCCUCACACGGUCACGCUAGUGUCCAUUCCUGCCUCCACCGACGGGAAACGAGGCUUUUCUGUGUCCAUCGGCCAGGGCUCCAGUCCCAACAGCUUCAGCCCCGAGCACACACACACCGUCAGGGUCUCCGAGGUGAACCCAGAGUGUGUCAGUCCAGACCUCAAGAACUCCAUUCAUGUUGGAGACCGGAUCCUGGAGAUCAAUGGAACCCCAAUCCAGAACGUUCCUCUGGACGAGAUUGAUCUGCUGAUCCAGGAGACCAGUCGUCUGCUGCAGCUGACCAUUGAACACGACCCUCAUGACCACAGUCCCUCGGAGGACCAGGUGGACGGGCCGACACCCCCGUCUGAGGGACCCAGUCCCAUCACGCCCAUCACACGGCCCCCCAGCCAGGACAUUAACAACCUGCGCUCGCGGAUCAUCACGCGCAGCUACAGUAUCGAUAAGUCUCCGUGCUCCAGUAACACUCCGUCUCCAGUGUCUCUGAAGAAAGACAUCGGCCGCUCCGAGUCGCUGCGAGUCGUGUCCAGCCGCACACACCGAAUAUUCAGAGCCUCGGACCUGAUCCACGGAGAGGUGCUGGGUACAGGCUGCUUCGGACAGGCCAUAAAGGUGACUCACAGAGAGACAGGAGAGGUGAUGGUGAUGAAGGAACUCAUUCGAUUCGAUGCGGAAACACAGAGGACCUUCCUGAAAGAGGUGAAGGUCAUGAGAUGUUUGGAUCAUCCCAACGUGCUCAAGUUCAUCGGUGUCCUCUACAAAGACAAGCGGCUCAACUUCAUCGCUGAGUACAUCAAAGGAGGAACGCUGAGAGACAUCAUCAAGAAUAUGGACAGUGAUUAUUCAUGGAAACAGAGAGUGAGUUUUGCGAAGGACAUUUCCUCUGGAAUGACGUAUCUGCACUCCAUGAACAUCAUCCAUCGAGAUCUCAACUCACACAACUGUCUGGUCAGAGAGAAUAACAGUGUUGUGGUGGCUGAUUUCGGACUGUCUCGACUCAUGGUGGAGGACAAGACCCAGGACAAGCUGGCGUCAGGACAGAUCUCGGGCGUGAGGAAACCCGACAGGAGAAAGAGAUACACCGUGGUGGGAAACCCCUACUGGAUGGCCCCCGAGAUGAUCCACGGGAAGAGCUAUGAUGAGAAGGUGGACAUCUUCUCGUUCGGCAUCAUGCUGUGUGAGAUCAUAGGGCGAGUCAACGCUGAUCCCGACUUCUUGCCACGUGCCAUGGAUUUCGGGCUGAACGUGAAAGAGUUUUUGGACGAUCACUGUCCGCCUGAAUGCCCACCCGCUUUCUUCCCCAUGGCUGCACUCUGCUGCGAUCUGGACGCUGAGAAACGGCCUGCGUUUGCUAAGCUGGAGUCGUGGCUGGAGAACCUGAAGAUGCACAUGGAGAUGGGACUUCAUCUGAUGUCCGAGCUGGAAGUCAUUCAUCAAGACUUCUGGCAGAAACACUCGAGCAGCAAGAACGGGCUUCACACGCACCCAGAGCAGCCCGAGUGAGAGCAGAGAUCAGAGCCGAUCGCUGCAGACGGAGGAGCAGCUCCACCACAGGACGUCCCAACACACCACGCUUCUGCAAAUCCAAGCAACCUCACAACAUAACACAUCUGGACAGAUGUUUGAGUCUGACACACUCAUGCAUGUCUGCUGUGGCUUACAGUGUGAUAUUCUUCAUACGCUACUGAUGGUGCGUUCAGGUCUCGUCCACACCACUUCUGUGAUGAAGCUCUGACUGACUGAUGUUUGGGUUGAUCUGGUGAUGAGAUAUGAACGCACCAGAACACACCAGACUCACACAUCAUCAGUGUCCUCUUGCUCCUUAGCUACACUCCCCGCAGUGUAAACAGAGUUACAGUACACACACAGUAAAUGUUUGACAUAUUGUAUAUGUGCAGACAUUAUUUUGUAUAGUGAUUGCACAUUGGCGUACUUUCAUCUGGAUGUUUGCUGUAAUUUGCAAGUCCAGUCCUCACGAGAAGAUCAUGAAAAUGAUGAACUCUAGAGAGGCUUCCUGUGCGUGUCCAACACAUAAAACGUCAUACACGUCAACUCUUAACUUAAUACUGUCUUCUAACCCCCAAAUCCAAAAUAUAUGUAUAUAUGUGUUUUGCAGAAAACAAUGAAGCCUAUUUUUUUUAUAAUGAUUUGUUAUUUAAAAUUGUUAAGUAAAUUUGCAUCACGUUAGUAUUUGUUGUAAUGAAUGUAUUUUAUGGUGAUCUAAAAGAAAAUCAAAGAUCUUCACAGGCUUCAUGUUCUUGUGCAAAAUCGAGUUUCUAAUCUGUUUCUUUAGAUUUCGGGGUGAAUGAUGUUGUGGACUCGUUAUUAACUAAUGGUUCAAAUUGUGCUGAGUGGGCAGGAUUUCCUGUCCCAAUCGAAGCGCUCGGUACUGUUGCACACACUGAUGUUAGACCCUCAUGUGGGACGGUGUGUCUCAGGGUGGAUCCUCACGACUGCACGGGUGCGAAUCAGCUCGCCGAGAGCCCGUGUGUGUGUGUGUGUGUGUGUGUGUGUAUGACUCCCCAUGGGAGCCUCAGCUUUACACAACACUGCUGGUGUAAAUACUUGACAGAAAGGCUUCUCUCGAUGUCUCUCCUGCCGUCACGCUGCAUGUGUCACUGUCACGUCCUCCACUACUGAUCCAGCUGUUCUCGUAAAGAUCAACAGAUGUUAUUGUGAAAACAUGAAGGAGGAUUCACCAGGAAAGCACUUGUACAGACGGGGAAAAGUAAAAACACAGCCUUUUCUUCUCUCUUUUUGAAUAGAACCACUAUUUUCUCUUUUCUAAAAUGUUGAAAUGAUUUGAUUUGCACUAUUUGUGAAAGCGGCUGCCGCUCGAGCUUUUGUUUCUCUGGUUUACUCAGAACUUGAGCCGUUUGGUUAUUGUACGAAUGUGGUCUCUGAUGGAGCCUUUGGUCCUGAGCAGCAGAUGUGUCACGGACAGAGACAACAUCUGAUCCCAGUGCACUUACUAAUAUAUAGCUGCAAUUAAAUGACUGCGUUCACUAUCAGAACCAAUUUGACCGAUUCUAUAUAUAUAUUUGGCUGUUGUUUGAGAUGAAUCUGUAUCCUGCCCUAGAGUAGCUGAUGUCAACCAGACAGAAGAACUGUUGUCAAGUCUGGCUUGGUUUAUCAAGACAAAAAAUAGGCUUAAUUUUCCUUUAAUGAAGCCCCGUUGAUCAUAUCAGAUAUCAAUAACAUCAUUACUGCCAGUAACAAAAAGCCAUAUUACUAUGAAAGCCAUUUUAGAGAAUUAGAGUCCAUAGUUCCUGUAACCAAAAAUUGACCAGAAAUCCUGUAUCCUGUGAGCCAAAGCAGUGCUGUAUAAAGGAGUUGUGUGAGUGUGAUCUGCUGCUCGGGGCCGGGCCCGGGGCCGUACUGAGAGUCCUGUAGCACCUCCAUCAUUCCCAUGUGUGUCUGGACCACUGCUGGCCUACACACAGACAGAGCACUUAAACACUGGAGUCCAACCCAGGCUCCCGCUGCUGUCAUGUCAUCGUUCAUAUCUGUCAAACUCAUACGCAUCAAUGAGAAAGUGCUGAGGAAUCCAGAGCUUGAUCUGGUGACAGAAUGCUGCAGCUUUCCUUCUGGAGCGAUGCUUUUACCUCUCCACAUCGCUGUGCCUUUGUUUUACGCUAGCCUUGCCAACAACUCGUCGUGUGUUUGGAGCCGGAUGAGUUUGUGUCGUCAUCACUUACCUGUUUCAAUGAGGGUUCCUUUUGUUCUCUUGAUAUUUAUAUUCUCCACGUUUCCAUUGUUCAGUUUGAUAUUUUAGGUUUAUGGUUUCCUGUAAUUUAAUGUUUUUACUGAAGCUGUGAAAUGACUCUGCACUUUAAACGUACUGGCCGUGAAUGGAGGCGCCUGUAAAUCAGGACAGAAUAAAGUACGCUCCUGAUGUUCCA